AUGAAUAACUUCUUAUGUUCCAUACUGCUGUUCUCCGUAUCAGUAAUAAUUCGUAUUGAUGCCCAAUGUGAUUACACAUAUACAAAUGAUAGAUACAUAAGUCCGAGUUCCUUUGAGCCGUCAAUCGGAGACCUGGACCAGAGUGAAUGUGAUCAACGGUGUAAUAACAACUCCCGAUGUACCAUUGCAUUACUUACUCCGUCUCCAUUUAAUAGAUGUUAUCUAUAUGAAGCACCACUCAUUUUCAUAUCUCAAGAUACAGAUCUGACACAAUGUGCAGAAACAUGUACCUCGAUGAAUCAAUGUGUAUUGUUGAAUCAUUGGGGAAGAAAUGUUCAAAGAUGUUAUAUUUAUAACGAUACCCUCGACAACUUUCCUUCUGGUUAUUAUUUCAAUGUCCGUGCUGGAGAUACCAUAGCAGAAAAAGUAUGUCCUUAA